GCGAAAGCCCUGGCGGUGGUGAGUCGGAAGAUUGAAGACCUCGCAACUGUUAAAGAGCAUGGCCAGGCUUUGUGGGGUGCGCCUGAGCGGGGACGCCCGCAAACAGGUAGAUGUCUUCAGGCAAAAUCUCUUCCAGGAGGCCGAGGAAUUCCUCUGCACAUUCUUGCCACAGAAGAUCACGUUCCUGAAUCAGCUGCUGAAAGAGGACUCCUUCAAUGUGACUGACCCGGCUUCCAUUCGGGCUCCACUGGACAUCCCUAUCCCAGACCCCCCACCCAAGGAUGAUGAGAUGGAAACGGAUAAGCCAGAGAAGAAAGAUGUUCCCAAGUGUGGCUUUCUCCCUGGGAAUGAGAAGAUUCUGGCCUUGCUUGCCCUAGUGAAGCCGGAAGUCUGGACUCUCAAAGAGAAAUGCAUUCUGGUAAUCACAUGGAUCCAGCAUCUGAUUCCCAAGAUUGAGGACGGCAAUGACUUUGGGGUGGCCAUCCAGGAGAAAGUGCUGGAGAGGGUGACUGCUGUCAAGACCAAAGUGGAAACCUUCCAGACAACCAUUUCCAAGUACUUCUCAGAACGUGGGGAUGCCGUCGCCAAGGCCUCCAAGGAUACCCAUGUGAUGGACUACCGGGCCCUGGUGCAUGAGCGAGAUGAGGCAGCCUACAGGGAGCUCUCUGCCAUGGUGCUGAACCUGAGGACCUUCUAUGCUGAACUUUAUCAUAUCAUUAGCAGCAACAUGGAGAAAAUUACCAAUCCCAAAGGUGAAGAGAAGCCAUCUAUGUACUGAGCCCAGGGCUAGAAGGGAAUAAACGACCUAUACUCUGGAUGGGUUA